UAGACGGCGCGCCUACAUUUUGUCAAUAUUAAGGUAAACCUAACCUGCUUUUCCAGUCAAACUAAAGUUUUGGAAUAUCAUCUUUAGUCAACAGAUUCAAUUGCAUUUUAUUAAAGCGAAUUUUCGAAUCAUACUAGUGUGGACAAAAUGAGUUUAGAGGGCAUUUGUUCGCUGCCGAAUUGGGGCGCGAGGGAAACCGACGUCAGCUUGGAAAAUGAUGUUUCGCACUUCUGCAGAAACUUCACCAACAGCAUGGAACUUGGGGUGCCCCCUUAUGCCAAUCCGGCGAAUGAUCUCGCAAAAUUGGGUAACGACGAUUCAGGCCGAGAAAUCAAGAUGAACUUUGAUCAUGGAACCACUACACUCGGUUUUAUGUACCAAGGUGGAGUCGUUUUGGCUGUGGAUUCGCGCGCCACUGGCGGCCAAUUCAUCGGGUCCCAAACCAUGAAGAAAAUCGUCGAAAUCAACGAUUUUCUCUUGGGAACGUUGGCUGGUGGGGCUGCAGACUGCGUGUACUGGGACAGGGUUUUAGCCAAGCAGUGUAGAAUGUACGAGCUGCGAAACAGAGAGCGCAUCUCUGUAGCUGCAGCCUCUAAACUAAUGUCCAACAUGGUCUACAACUAUAAAGGAAUGGGGCUCAGCAUGGGCAUGAUGCUGGCCGGGUGGGAUAAAAGAGGCCCUCAGCUCUACUACAUCGACUCAGAAGGCACCCGAACGCCUGGCAAAGUUUUCAGUGUAGGCUCUGGCUCAGUCUAUGCUUUCGGAGUCUUGGAUUCUGGAUAUAAAUGGGAUUUAACCGACGAAGAAGCGUAUGACUUGGGGCGCCGAUCGAUCUAUCAUGCUACGCACCGUGACGCCUAUUCUGGUGGUAUCGUCAGGGUGUAUCACAUGAAGCAAACAGGCUGGGUGCACAUCGACAACAACGACUGCUCUGAUUUACAUUACAAAUAUCAAGCGGAAAAAGAAGCCCUUGAGAAUCAAGUUUAAGCUAAUCCAUUUUUAUAUUUCAGUAAAUGAUUUGUGAAACUUUCAAA